UCAAAUGCAAAGCACUCCCCAUCAGCACUUUGUGCUGUGCAGACCAGGAGCAGGGUGUGCGGGCCCAGGAGGGUCACCGGUUACCAAAGCCUCCUGCAGAAUCCUUCAACAAGGGAGCCUAGAGACACCAAUCCCUGCUCUUGCUACCGGAGGCUCCGUCGAGCGGCCUGUGGAUGUGUGCCUAAGGUGCAUUUCCUCUAAACAAACUUGUAACUUCAUCCUUGAUAUCAAACUCUUGAAAAAGGAUCAAAAGAUCUCCAGAAAACCCCUCGAACAGCAUGCCUCUUGCAGGAACCCCAGCUCCCAAAAAGAAGAGAAAACCUACUAAACUCAUUUUAGAAUUAACCCAAGAAGUCAUGCCGCAAGAAAGCUCCAAGCUGAACCUCGGGAAGAAGAUCAGCAUUCCCAGGGAUGUGAUGCUAGAGGAACUCUCUCUCCUUACCAACAGGGGAUCCAAGAUGUUUAAACUUCGACAGAUGAGAGUAGAGAAAUUCAUAUAUGAAAACAACCCUGAUGUCUUCAGCAGCAAUUCUGUGGAUCACUUCCAGAGGUUUAUCCCAUCUGUUGGGGGACAUUAUGGAGCUGAUUCCUAUAAAUACUCUCAUAGUGGUGGGAGGAUGGUGAGUGGUAUAAGUGUAGGACCAUAUGGAUCCACCAAACUGCAAUAUCCUCCCACUCCUCCUCCAAAGCCUGGGAGCAAAGGUGGAGCUGGAAGAACUGGAACUGGCCACAGCGAGGGGUCUGCCGGCAGAGAGGGAGGAGUGGAUGGAGGCGGAAAUGGAAAGGAGACUGGGAGUGGAAAAGGUGAAAAUAAAAGUGGGAGUGGGAAAGGAAAAGUUUCCCUUCUUAAGACGUACAUUUCUCCUUGGGAAAGAGCCCUAGGCCUUACCCCACAAGAGAAAAGCGAACUCGUCUUUGAUGUCUUGUCUUAUGGCACCAAAGGAGACCUCUGUCAUUACAAAUCUUUCAAUAGGACUGCAAUGCCUUAUGGGGGAUAUGAGAAGGCAGCCAAACUGAUGACCUUCCAAAUGCCUGAAUUUGACGUUGGCCCUUUGGUACCUGAGCCUCUUAUUGUGUAUAAUCAAGAAGUCUCCAAUCGACCUUCCUUUAACAGGACCCCAGUACCCUGGCUGGGGUCGGGAGAACCAACUGAUUACAGCAUUGAGGUGAAUGUACCACUGGCAGGUGAAACAGAAGAAUUGUAGAAAUCCCUUCCUCUCCUUAAAGCUGCUGGUUUGCAUGUCUGUGUUAAGGAGCUGAACAUGCAGACAUUUCUCAACGUUGCCCUAAGGAUAGCCACAUUUUAAUGCAUCUCUGCUGUGGUUAUUGAUCCACGUUGGGGUUUGAAGAAAACAAAGCAAGGGGGGAAAAGAGUCUUUUUAUUUGCACUCGAAAGCAUAAAUACAAAACCCUGUGAUACUUAAUGCUUCUGGUCUGGUCUGUCCCAACUUUGUCCCAUGGUUUUGUCAUUUGGCAAAAUGAAUAAAGCAUCUACAAAGAUAGAAGACAA